CUCUUUUUCUUUCUUGUCUGUGUAAACUUGAUGCCUGGUCUUCAGUCGAUUGCUGAUUUGACCACGCAGAUUCGAACCACCACGGGUGAUAUACCCCCGCCGUUGGUGGGAGCUUCUUCCACUGUAGUCAACGACUCGUUGUAUGUCUUUGCUGGCAGAACCGUUAGUUCUCGUCGAAUGACCAACGAUCUCUAUGUUCUCGAUCUCAAAACAUAUGUAUGGUCACGCUUCAUCCCACCACCUGAUUCCGAGCCUGCGCCUAAACCUCGGUAUUUCCACUCUGCAAGCGUGUAUGAAGGCAAGAUCAUUUUCUUUGGAGGCAUGGGUUAUUCUAGAACUUCGUCCGAAGGUUUAUGUGCUCUGGAUGACGUUUGUUGGCUGGACACUGCAGAGAUGGAGUGGCACUAUGUUGAGUCACUUCCUACCUUGUUUAACGCACGUCCUCGUUAUGCCCAUCUAUCAACCAUCUCAGGAAAUCGACUUAUCAUUGUUGGCGGACAAGACCUGAAUAACCAAUACAUCUCCGAGAUUAAUGUAUUCGACUUGGAUACACUUCAGUGGGUACAAGUGUGCCCCUUUGAUCGACAGUGCGGUGCUUACCGAUCAGUCUCCGUUAGUGCGUCAUCUGGAUGUAGUGUGCCCCUCUUUGGCAGUCGAUCCUGGGAUCAAGAGAUGCAAACGGAGGUGGAAGGAAAUCCGAAUUUGCAGCGCCGACAAUCCAUCUUGAAUAAGGAUGAUGUCUUAUUCCGUUUGUCUUAUACAACCCCAGCUACCACCAACGCUGAGAAUCCAGUAUACAUCUACUCCAACUAUAACUUUACUGAUGUUAAACGCGAACUUCAGCUAUUUUGUUCGCCUAACAGUGCACCCAACAGAGUACAAGACCACUCGACUUCAAUGUCUGGUACUGUUUUACCACCUGGGCUACGAUUCCCUACUGGUCACAUCUUAGGUCAUCAUAUGAUCUUAGCAGGUACCUGCCUCACACCUACAAGUCAAAUGUUCCAGCUAUGGGCCCUCAAUUUGGCUAAUCUGGUGUGGACGCGUAUUGAUUCUGGAGCCAUCUUAUCAUCUGGAUCAUGGAACCGAGGCAUAUUGCAUGAAAAUGAAAGUCGCUUCCUUAUCCUUGGUAAUCGAGAUCGUUCACUCUUGGACGAUUAUAAUCAUAGACAAGUCAACUUUGAUCAUCUUGCGGUUGUCGACACUGAAGCUUUCGGGAUCUAUAUACCACCUGCGUCUACCUGUGCUCCCAUUGCCCAGGAACUCGGUUUGAGUGUACUGAAUGAUCCCGUCAUGGCAGAUUUUGAGAUCUUAUCUAAUGACGGUGAGAUGUUCCCUGUAAACUCACUUGUACUAUCAGAGCGAUGGCCACACUUCCGUGAGCUCAUGGAAAAGUCGCUGGAUAAUAUCGAGAUUCAAGACGAAGAAUUAAAAGAAAAACAGGAACAUGAUCACCGCAAACUUGCCACCAUAUGCCCAACAACUCGCACCAUGUUCUUCCCAGAAUCCCAUACUGUAACCUUAGCUUUCUUACAGUUCAUCUACACAGAUCACCUGUUGACAUCGGAACAGCAUCAACCCCACAUUCUUUGUCAGUUGUUAUUACUCUCUGAUAUUUACAAUCUCGCCAGGCUAAAGGAAUUAGCAACUCAUGCUCUGCACCAAAUGCUGACCAUGUCGACAGCAAGUCAAAUUUAUGAAACAGCUGCUCUGACCGGACAAAUGGGACUACAGGUGCGAGCUUUGAAGGUCAUGAUCAGUGCGAAAAAGAUGAUGCAGCGCGGUGUCAAUCCAUCUGAGUUUGUUAGUCGACGAGAAUACAAUGGAUCUAGUCGUGAUGAUGAUGCUCCAGAUAGAUCGAGAAUGUCAAUGCUUGAUGAAGCUAUGAUACCAUCCUCACCAUUACCUCCCGGUAUGACCAGAGCGAAUACUGUCGGGCCGGUCCCACAGCAAUUCUUGCCUUCUGCCCAUGGGCCUCCCAUGUCGCCUAGUAUGAGUGCCCGAAGCCCUCCACCAACCCCAAAAGCUAGCAAAUCUAGUACCUUGACAAACCUUGUCUCAAGGAAUGCACAAAACAAAAAAAUUGCCGCCAAACAAUAUGCUGCUGGUGGCUCUAUGUACUUCCCCUUCCGCGGUUAAAGCAUUUUCUACUUUACUCCUCCACUGUUCUGAUGUUCAUAACUCUAAAUACCAUUCUGAAAAUUUUUGUAACGCUGACUAUUGGUGAUGUAUUUAAGUAGAAAAAGUCAAA